GUCACGACACCGCUGUUUCAUUCGACGCCAGCCAAAUUCUAACCGAAAACGUUCCUUUUAUUACAUAAUAUUUUGGCGGAAUAACCGGCGAAAAGACCGUAAAACCGCCAAAACCUGCGUCGUAGGCUGAAUCGCGCAGAUCGCUCGGCGUGGAAUCGAUUUCCGGCGGGUUUUCAGGAAUGGCGUUGAGAUCGAUUUGCCGGCUGUCAAUUGAUUCGACCUUCAGGCAGCCGAGCCAUUUCGGAGCCACCGCCCGGCCGAGACGACCGUCCCUCGACACGCUCCUACGAAGUUUCGCCGCAGCAGCUAAGAACAUGGCACUGCCACGCGUUUUCUUCGACAUGACCGCGGACGACAAGCCCGUGGGCCGCAUCGUGAUGGAGUUGAGGAAGGAUGUCGUUCCCAAGACGGCGGAGAAUUUCCGCGCGCUUUGUACCGGAGAAAAGGGUUUCGGCUAUAAGGGUAGCAGUUUCCACAGGGUGAUUCCGAACUUCAUGUGUCAAGGUGGUGACUUCACCAACCACAAUGGCACCGGUGGCAAGUCCAUCUACGGCACUAGGUUCGAGGACGAAAACUUCAAGUUGACUCACACCGAACCUGGCAUAUUAUCUAUGGCGAACGCCGGCCCCAACACCAAUGGCAGCCAGUUCUUUAUCACCAGUGCCAAGACCAGCUGGCUCGAUGGAAAGCACGUCGUGUUCGGAAAAGUCAUCGAAGGGAUGGAUGUUGUUAGAAAGUUGGAGGCCAUGGGUUCUCAAAGCGGCAAGACAUCCAAAAAGAUCAUAAUAGCGGAUUCCGGAGAGUUGUAGAUCCACUAGAUACUGUAAUGACUGCAUUUUUAUUUAGCUGUUGCAUACCUAUUUGCUGUCUUUAUUGCCCUACUUCGUCCAUUCCUAAUGACCAAGGUUCUCUUAUAAACGCUCAUAAUUUGUUAUUGAGCACGGAAACUCAAACUUAUCCAAUUUUGUAGAAACAAAUGAAGUUGCCUGCAUUGUAAUAUUUUCUAUCUGUUUUCUAUCUAUUUUCUAUCUAUUUUCGAGUUGCUCUUUUUCACCAGAGGAUAAAAAAUUGUUUGCAGUGUGAGUUUUUUUUACGAAGAAGGAUUUCCUAAUUUUGUAAUCUCCUUUGCUUCGUUCCACAAUCGACACAUGUUUUUAUAAUAAAUCUGUUUUGGAUUUUUGUGUGAAAUCCAUAUUCUUCCACAAAUACACUCGCUUAGUAUCGCUAAGUAACGGAAAUAUAACGGAAAGACACAAAUGCAAUGAGCUCAAAUUUUUCAGUACCAUCCUAUACUUUAGUGAGUGUUCAAAGUACGAAUAUUCUUCAAUAUUAGGAUAGGUAUUUCAGAGUUUAAAAUCAAUAAUUGAUGUAUUGAUUCCAGUGUGUUAACUGAUGCAUUUCUCUUGAACGUUAUAUAUUCUUUAAUUUAUCAUGCGUAUUGUACAUGUAUGUAUAUCACAAUUAGAGAAUCCUCAUUGUAUGUUUUUUAUAAAUAUAUACCUUUUCUCUCUGCCGAAAAAGAAACAUCCUAUUUGCCUGUCGUAAUGCAGGUAAUGCCUGAAAGCGAUACCAUUUUACUGUAAUACAACACCAAGUUGAAAAAUGUAGUUGCAACAGUCUGAACAGUUUCGAUUUCUUAAAAAUAAAAUUGUUUUCA